CAGGUGUGACGGUAUAAAUCGCUUACAGGAAAAGUAUUCCAAGUUCAAGAAUCGAUUCGAAAAUCUUGAUUCGACACUAGAAGAGAAUCUAGAAGAAAAACUGAAACGAAUGGAAAAGGAUACGAUUGGUUUGGGCAAAGAGACACUGGCCAGUGCCAAAGAAAGAUUCGAAAAAGGUGUUGACGACUCGACAGUCGAACGUGAAAAAAUCGAGAUUCAACGAAGUGCUGACAUUAAGAAAAUGAAGGCAGCUUUUAAUCGGGACAUGACAGCUGACGAUGCGCCGAAGGAUUGUGCUGUUUGCGGCAAAACGGUUUAUCCGGUGGAGCGUAUUUUCGCCAACAAACAGCUUUAUCAUAAUCAGUGCUUCAAAUGUUCGAAGUGUGAAAAGAAGUUAACACCUACAAAUUACAAUUCGCAUCAAGGAGCGCUUUUGUGUAAAGUGCAUAUGCUGGAGGUGUUUCAUCCUGAAAUCGCAAAGACAAUGGAUCCAGCAAACACUGAAGGCAAGCCUCUAGUAAAGAUCUCACGAAUUUCAGAAGAGGAGCACGGUGGUGAUAUCGACGACGAUGACGAGUUUGCCGUUAGCAAUAAACCGAAACAACUUCAAGGAGUGGUAAAAUCCGGCACGAGCGCCGUACAAGACGAACUGGCGCAAAUCACGAGUCUCAAGUCGAAAAAAGGCGAUUUCGAGUCGUCCGUAAAGGAGGCGGCUCAUGUGGAACGUCUUACAAAGGUCGAGGAUGAAGUGUUGCAAGCUGGUAUGGUGAAAGCCAAUAAGGAGAAGUUUUUAACCGGAGGUCCGGAAGAAGACGGUGAAGAAGAAGAAAGUGGACGCGAUCCAAAUAUUAUCAGGGAGAACAAAAAGAAGAAAAAGGAAGAAUUACACUUUGCUCAGGUUGGUGACAUAAAGAAUAAGUGGAAGACUGGAGAAGUGGAGACAGCAGAGCAUAAGGAAGCAGCCGAACGAAAAGAACUCGAGCAACUGAAGGGUGGACCUUCUGUGAAAGAGCGAUUCCAUGAGCGCAACGAAUCGGACACUGUUGUCGAACGUCAUUGGGAUCGUAGUGAACUAGAUACGGCCGGAGCAGCUGAGGCGAGAAAGUCGUUCAUGCAAGGUUCCGCGUUCGAAACUGCAGCUAUAGAGAGAAGUGCUAAGGAUUUGGAAGAGUUACAAUUCAAACAACUACAAGGCUUCAAAGAACGUUUCGAACGGGGCGAAGGUGAUGUGGACAUACAAAAGACGGCUGUGGAUCUUGUUGGCGACGUAAAUCUGGGUGGAAUCAAGGCGGCAUUUGAGCAUGGAGACGAAGAGAUGUCACCAGAAGAACGUGCUGCCUUGAAGAAAAAGGAAAUCGAAGCUGAAUUUUUGAGAUACAAAUUAGCGAGACGAGCCGCCGCUGAACGAGCCAAGCAACAGGCUGAAGAAGGCAACGUGUCUUCUGUGGGUCCUGGAGAAGAUGCGGCCGAUGUCGGGUCGAUCAAAGAUCGAUUCGAUAAAGGAGAAGCGUUCAAGAAAAGAGGAGUUGAUGUCGAGAUUAAGAUGGCCGGGAAAGCCAGGGAGAAGUUCAUGCAAAUCGAUGCUUCUGCAGCAACACCGGUUCUUCCAAAUCAGACUAAGAAGCAUGAGCCCAGCAAAUGGGAUAAAAGAGAAGAUCGUCCUGCGGCCGAAAUCAUCAACAGAAGAGUUGCCGAAGACAACGAUGAGCCAGAAGAUGACGAUGCAUUUGAUGUCAAAAAUCUGAUGAACAAAUUCAAACAACUAGGUGAAGCAUCUCCGGCAUCCACUACUUUGAGCACGGAGCAACGUGCUGAAUUGGAAGCUAUUAAAUCCGAAGCGAAGAGUUUGAAGAAACGAUUCGAGCAAGGUAUUGAUGACGAUUCCGAUCUGACCGAAGAGAAACGGCGGCAAAUGCAGGAUGAGUUUGAACGGCUUAGAAAGGAACGGGAAGAAGCGCAGCGACGUCUUGAAGAAGAGCGAGCAAUGGAAAUGCAGCAAGAGAAAGGUGUUGAGAAAGAUGACGUUCACAUUAAAGCUGAACAUGCUGCAAAAAUGGCUGCAAAGUGGGAGAAGAUACAAGCAAAAGAGGCCAAGAAAGCCGAGAGAAGCCGAAUGCCCGAGAAGAAGCCGGUUACGCGUUUCGUAAUGCGUCCUCAACCGAAAUGCGCACUUUGCGGGACUACCGUAUACCGAGCCGAACAGUUCGAAUGUUUCGGUGUGCAGUACCAUGUGAACUGUUUUCGAUGUACAAUAUGUCGCCAAGCACUUCGUGUGGAGCGGGUACAUCGUAACAAAGACGGCUCUUUAUACUGUCACGUACAUUUCAAGCAAAUCGACAACGAUAUACGAUACUAUUUGGAGAAAUCGUGCGAGCAGAACAACAACAUGGACACCAUGAUCGAAGAACGUUCUCAAGCCUAA